AUGGUUGAUACUGUCCCGCGCCUUCGUGCUUCGUCUGACUCCAUGAUUUCUGUCGAAGAAGCGCUUCGCAUUAUCAGAGAUCACACCCCUGCGCCCGUUGCGACUGAUGUGAAAGUUACAUCGUCUAUCAUUGGCUCGAUCAUUGCCGAGGAUGUUCAUGCGCCUGCAAUGGUACCAGAGUUUCGGUCUAGUGGUGUAGACGGCUAUGCGGUCGUUGUGGAAGAAGGCAAGCCCAUGAAGAAGCUUUUUCGUACAGGGUACACGACAGGUGGCGGUAGUGGAGGCUUGGCACCCUUGGAUCCAGCAGCAAUGGCGAAGGUUGCUGCUGGAGAAAUUCUUCCUUCCAAUGCCAAUGCCGUGGUUAGCGUGGAAAAUAUAACACAUCAUGGGCGCGAGAAAGAAUAUGUCGAGAUCCUGAGCAACGAUUUCGUGGUUGGAAAGAAUGUGCGCCAGCCUGGCCACUUUAUCACCCUUGGGUCUCGGCUAUUCGCCCGCGGAGACCAUAUUUCAGCGGCAAGUGGAGCAACGGGCUUGCUUGCUCUGGCGGGCAUCCGAACCAUCAAGGUGUUCAGAAAGCCACGCGUUGGUAUACUCAGCAUAGCCGACGGAAUCGCGACGCAUUUCGAUCAAAAUCCAGACGUGGGCUACCUGGCUUUGGCUUCCGUUUUAUCGUCAUGGGGCUUUGCAACCGUUGAUCUCGCUUUGACUCAUAAUACGCCUUGUGGGGAGCUCAAGCAUGCCCUGCUCUCUAGCGAUGUGAUCCUGAUAAUGAACGAUGCAUCCCCAAGUAGGCUAGACCUGAAGCCCACUAUUGACUGUUUGGGUGGGACAUGCCACUUUGAUUGUGUUUCCUUGAAGCCUGGCAGUGAGACCAGCUUCGCGACAGUCCCCGCAAAUGUAGCCGAGCGUUGCCCACCAGGGCAAAGUCCAAAGCUAGUGUUUUCACUCCCGAGUGAAAUACAAUCAGCGCUUGUCGCCCUUCACGUUUUUGUUCUACCCUCGUUGCACGACCUCAGCGGCCUAGGCAGGGCAUCCCAUACUGCUGCAGCGAAGCCGUGGAUAGCACCGCAGCUAGGGCUGCCCCGUGUCGCCGUCGUUUUGACACAUCAAUUUCCCCUUGACUUGAAGCGCACCAACUACCACCUUGGGGUGGUGACAGCGUCUCGCUCUGAUGCCCGGCUGUAUGCCACCAGCGUGAGUGUCGGGCCUGUAGAUGUGCGAGGCUCUCGCUCAAACCACGGGGUGGAGGUCAAUGCUUUAAUCAUUCUGCGCGCAGGCCGAGGGGUAGGAAUCAAAGGUGAGAUCGUGGAGGCCUUGUUGAUGGGGCCUAUCCCUGGCUCAGACACGCGGCUCAUCUGCUAA